CCCUGCCUUUUCCUCCCCCUCUCUCUCUCUCUCUCUCCCCCCUCUGCGAAGUCUUUACCAACUCUCUCAGUUCCCUGUAUAUCUGACAUCUCUUCAAACUAGAGUAAUUUCCACCCUUCAUUUCUUACCACUUCUCUUUCUGUUCCCAUUUUCUUCACCAUUGCUAUUUACCCAUGUUCACCUCCUUGAGCCCUAUUCCUAGUUCUUCUCGCAUUCUCUCUCUCUCUGCCGGAGUUCUUCGAAGCAGCAAAAACAUUUAAUAUUAUACUAUUUAAGGGUAUCGGUUGCAUCAAGAACAAAAGAAUUAUAUGUUUUUAAGUUGAGAUAUGGGGUCUCCUUCUGCUUCUUUGGGGUUACAUUUAUUGCAAUUGUUUUGUUAGUAACUAUGGCAUGUUGGUCACCGAGUUAGAGAUCAAAUACGUAGAUAGACAGACUGCAAGAAUUUAAGAGGCAUACACUUCAACAACUGCUCGACUGUAAUGGAGAGGCUUCAUGGACCCAUUAAUUCCUGUUACUUUGAGGAACAUCCCAAUGCAACUUGUGUAGAGCCAGAAUUUUUCACUACAGAGAGCUUGAAGUUUGAUGAGUUUGAGGAACAACAAUACUUUUCCAUCCCAAUGUUGGAGGACAACAUGCCUUUUCUUCAGAUGCUACAGAGCGUGGGACCCCCGCGUUUCUUGCCCAUCAAGGAGCCCAGUUUCCAGACACUGUUGAGAUUACAGCACCUUAAGAAGCCUUGGGAUGGUUACAGCUACAUCCCUGAAAUGGAAACCCAAAUUCAGUCCCUAGAGUUUGAGAGCUGCAUCACCAAUGACAUUGUGGAGCUGCAUUCACCGGUCAAAUCCGAGACCAUGGACCUUCAACACUCACGUCUCGAGGGUGGGAGCUCAGAUUGCAACCAAGACCAACCCAGCUCAACAGAAAACCAUUGCAUAGAAGGUACCUCAGCCUCUCCGCCUCCUUGGGCUAAUCCACAAGCGUGGCCUAAGCAAAUUACCCACUUUCCCAAAUCUCUUCCAGUCACCCGGGAACGAAGAAAGCGAAAGCGAAUAAGGCCAACCAAGAACAAAGAAGAUGUCGAGAGCCAGCGCAUGACCCACAUUGCUGUGGAACGCAACCGGAGACGCCAAAUGAAUGACCAUCUCAACGUCCUCAGGUCCCUCAUGCCCACAUCCUAUAUUCAAAGGGGUGACCAAGCGUCCAUUAUUGGAGGUGCAAUAGACUUUGUGAAGGAAUUGGAGCAGUUAUUUCAUUCCCUCGAGGCAAAAAAGAGAAUGAGAAAAACCCAACAAGGCGCCGAGGCUUUUCCACCCAGCGGGUUGCUUACAUCGCCGCAAAGUGUAAUUGGGUCGGAGGAGGGCCAUUGUGGUGAAGGGGUGAAGGCGGAGAACAAGUCUGACGUGGCCGAGAUAAAGGUGACUGUGAUUCAAACGCAUGUGAACUUGAAAAUUCAGGGCCAAAGGAGGCCGGGGCAGUUGCUGAAAACCAUUGUUGCAUUGGAGGAACUUAGGCUAACUGUUUUGCACCUUAACAUCACCUCCUCAGAGGACUCAGUUUUUUACUCUCUCAAUCUCAAGAUAGAGGAAGAGUGUAAGUUGGGAUCUGCUAAUGAGAUUGCAUCGGCAGUGCAUAGGAUACUGAGCUUCAUCGACGGUAGCUGAUUGUUCAAAGAUUCAACGCAAAAACUAAAGGCAGCUGACUAUAUUACUUGAAAAGUACUAGAGUAGGACUUUAGUGGGAAAGAAAAAAUGAACAGAGAUUUGAAUAUGAACAACUGAUUGGGGGGUUUGUGGAGAUGGUCCGAUGAAUUGUAGAGGAACAGAGGGAUGCCUAUAAUCCCAUCGUCCCCUUUCUUCUAGGCUGUGAGUUUGUACCACAGAGAGAGGGAGAGAGAGCUCGAAACAGUCUACAAGAACAGAACAAGAUGUUUAUUGCCUAACUGAAAAUUUUCUACUGAUUAUAGCUUUCGUUUUUCUGUGGAGCAUGGGACAUGGGAAGGAGGAAUGGGUCCCAGCUAGCAUGCCUCGGGCGCAGAGAAGGCUGAGUUUGAAUAUUAUCUAAAUGCUCAUCAUUACAUAUUUGCGAAUGA